AUGAGCCAGACGCAACAGCCAUCUGACCCGACCUUCCGGGCGUAUAGCGCCCAGCAAGGCGCUACUUACGCUGAACAUCGUCGCAACUAUAAUCCCAAGCUGUACGAUACAAUUAUAAACUUCCAUAAGGAAGGAUCUGGCCAGUUCAAUACCCUCAUUGAUGUUGGCUGCGGACCAGGAACAGCUACUCACAGCCUUGCCCCGCACUUCAAGGCUGCCUAUGGACUUGACCCCUCAGAGGGAAUGAUUAGCACUGCGCGAUCUAUCACCACACUCGAAAAUGUCAAGUUCGCAGUCUCUUCAGCUGAGUCUCUGGGAUCUGAACUUGCCGACCCCAUUCCUGAUGGCAGCGUCGAUAUAAUCACUGCAGCCACUUGUGCCCAUUGGUUUGACAUGCCGCGAUUUUGGGAGCAAGCUGCCAAGACCCUCAGACCUGGAGGUACUGUGGCUCUAUGGACAUCUGCUGGGGUCCGAGUCGAUCCGUCGAUGCCCGCUCAUGAAGCCGUGCAGGAGGUUAUUGAUGACCUUGAUAACUUGGUCCAAGACUAUAUGUUGCCUGGUAAUCUUUUGAGCCGCGAUCUAUACCGUGACCUGCCGUUGCCUUGGACUAUUGAUCCGCCUCUUUCUGUAUUUGACCGGGGCUCAUUCAUGCGCAAAGAAUGGUGUACCGGUCCAGAUUCUGAGACGAUGUUCUUUCAGCAUUCGCCGCCCGUUAGUUUGGAUAUGGUGGAGAUGGUUCUUGGAACCGCUAGUCCUGUCACCAGAUGGCGCGAAGCCCAUCCUGAAGCAGUCGGGACGGAGAAUGAUGUUGUUCGGCAAAUCAGAAGAAGGAUUGAGAAGAUCCUCGGUGAUGCAGGCGUGGAGAAAGGCAAGGAGAUGCUUACGGGCGAUAUGACUGGUGUCUUGCUGCUUGUUAGGAAGAAGAGUGACUAG